UAAAACCCUAGAACGCAAGGUUUUCUUUGUUUCUGCUUCCUACUGGUGCUCUUCUCUUUCCCUUUAACCAGUCUUCAUUUUGAGCUUCGGCUGCCUUCUUGAAUUCUGUUCUUAGGGUUUUCUAAUAGAAAAUCGAAAGAGAUGUCGUCGAGACCCGAAUUACAAGCGCCUCCCGAGAUAUUCUACAAUGAUGCUGAGGCUCGCAAGUAUACCUCCUCUUCUCGUAUAAUGGAGAUUCAGGCAAAACUUUCGGAGAGAGCAUUAGAGCUGCUUGCUUUGCCUAAUGAUGGAGUGCCUAGACUUCUGCUUGAUAUAGGUUGUGGAUCAGGACUGAGUGGGGAGACAUUGUCUGAGAGUGGGCAUCAUUGGAUUGGCUUAGAUAUUUCAGAGUCAAUGCUUGAUGUUGCAUUGGAGCGAGAAGUGGAAGGAGAUCUUUUGCUUGGCGAUAUGGGUCAGGGUUUAGGACUUCGACCUGGUGUUGUUGAUGGUGCAAUUAGUAUCUCAGCUGUUCAGUGGCUAUGCAAUGCAGAUAAGAAGUCUCACAAUCCAAAAUUAAGAUUGAAGGCUUUCUUUGGAUCAUUGUAUAAAUGCCUCUCAAGGGGAGCAAGAGCAGUAUUACAAGUUUAUCCUGAGAAUGUUGCCCAACGAGAGUUGAUCUUGGGUUUUGCAAUGCGUGCUGGGUUUGCGGGUGGUGUGGUGGUUGACUUCCCCCACAGUUCUAAGAGCAGAAAGGAAUACCUUGUCCUUUCUUGUGGUCCACCUUCUGUAAGCACGGCUCUUCCCACCGGGAAAGGUGAAGAUGGAGAGAGUUGCUCUGAUGAAGAUAGUGAAGAUGAAGAAAAUCAAACAGUCUGCAUUUCAGAAAGGCAUCGGCCAAGGAAAAAACUGAAACUAACAAAGAAAGUAAAGGGAAGACAAUGGGUUUUGAACAAAAAGGACCAGAAGAGGAGAAAAGGGGAUGCUGUUCCCCUCGAUACCAAGUAUACUGCUCGUAAACGAAAAGCUCGUUUCUAAUCAGCUUCCUUCCAAUUUCUGUCCUUUUCCAUUUGGAGGUUCUGUUUUCUUUUUGUCUUGUACUUUAUUUGGAAGUUUGCAUUUAUCACGAAUGGUGAAAAUUUUGUUUCUAUUCGUAGAAAGUUAUUUCUUUCUUCUGUGCAUUUAAAUUGCAUGUAACAGGUCCAACCAUUUUAAUCUAAUCUGAGCAAUAUAAAA